GGGCGUGGCGGCCCCUCCCGGCGCUCUGAGGGAGUGAGCGGCCCGCCCGGGCACCGCCGGCACCGGCUGACGGCGGCGUGCCGAGCUGCGCCCCCGAGGAUGCCGGGGGCGCAGACGGUGGAGGAGCAGCGCCUGGACGUGUGGCAGCUGCCGCGGCCCCUGUGACGGCCCAGCCAUGUCGGUGAUGGUGGCGAGGAAGAAGGUGGUUCGGAAAUGGGAGAAGCUGCCGGGCAGGAACACCUUCUGCUGCGAUGGCCGCAUCAUGAUGGCCCGCCAGAAGGGCAUCUUCUACCUGACGCUCUUCCUCAUCCUCGGCACCUGCGCCCUCUUCUUUGCCUUUGAGUGUCGGUACCUGGCAGUUCAACUAUCUCCAGCCAUCCCUGUGUUUGCAGCAAUUCUCUUCCUAUUUGCCAUGGCCACGCUCCUGCGAACAAGCUUCAGUGAUCCUGGGGUGAUCCCAAGAGCCCUGCCUGAUGAAGCAGCCUUCAUCGAAAUGGAGAUUGAGGCCACCAAUGGGACUGUGCCACAGGGUCAGCGCCCACCCCCACGGAUUAAAAACUUCCAGAUCAACAACCAGAUAGUGAAGCUGAAGUAUUGUUACACGUGUAAGAUCUUCCGUCCACCCCGUGCCUCUCACUGCAGCAUCUGCGACAACUGUGUGGAGCGCUUCGAUCAUCACUGUCCCUGGGUGGGCAACUGCGUGGGGAAGAGGAACUACCGCUAUUUCUACCUCUUCAUCCUCUCGCUCUCACUCCUCACCAUCUACAUCUUCACCUUCAACAUAGUCUAUGUGGCACUGAAAUCUCUGAAGAUUGGGUUCCUGAACACAUUGAAGGAAACCCCAGGGACUGUCCUGGAGGUGCUCAUCUGUUUCUUCACACUGUGGUCAGUGGUGGGGUUAACUGGGUUCCACACCUUCCUGGUGGCACUGAACCAGACAACCAAUGAAGAUAUUAAGGGGUCAUGGACUGGGAAGAACCGUGUGCAGAAUCCCUACAGCCAUGGCAACAUUGUGAAGAACUGUUGUGAGGUUCUGUGUGGGCCUCUACCCCCCAGUGUCUUAGAUAGACGGGGCAUUUUGCAGCAAGAGGAAAGCACGGCUCAGGAGAUGUGCACACAGCGGCCUGGUGCUCAGGAGUCCACUGUUGCUCAGGGCCCAUGUGGGCAGCCAGAAGAGAGCAGUGCUCAGCAGAAUGAUGGCAGCCUUCCUCAUCCGAGUGCUGUCCCUGUGCCACCCCUGAGCAAUACUGAGAUGCCAGAGGAGAAGCAACCGCCGGCUGGGGAGCUCCCAAUCCCAUCCCAGGACACUGGGCAAGCAGAGCACUAGCCUCUGUUUGAACGGGAGAACUUUCUUGUUUUGUCUAAUCAAAGCUGGAAGUGAUUGAGGAGAGGAGGAGAUGGGCUGGAUGGCAGGCAGGCGAUUCCUCAUGGCCAUUUUGCUUUAGUCUUUAUUCACCUUGAUUCGCAGGCAGUGCUGGCUGGCACUGGGCCUGCAUGGUGUCAAAGGAUAAGAAGUGCGAGUAGCCCGUGUUGAUCAUUAAGGGGCGCUCACCACCACUGAAGCUGGUCUGCCUGCAAGUCGAGGCAGGACCUCUUGCUCUGCAGGUUGUCCUCAGUGCUAAAAGCCAGCUCGGUGGCCUGGUCUGUCGCUCCGUCUGGCCCCAACUCUGACCAGAUGACGUGGCCGAGCAGCUUGGAAGUGACAGCAGGGUUGGCCUGCUCCCUGCUGCUGAGGAAUCCUGAUGGAAAGGGGAAAGCAAUUACAGCAGUAAUGUCCUCUC